UUUUUUUGUCUUUCUUCCUUUCUUUUUUUUUUCUUUACAUAUACAGUAUGCCGGAAGAUAUGACGGAAUGUACUUCAUUACUCCAUAAAAGAAGGUCAAGUUACAAUGCAGCUGGUCAUUACCAUACUCUAAAUUCACACACUCUUCCUUCAACAUUAUCCUUACCUCUUGGUGAAUAUGAAAAUAACUCUGCUCCAGCUACUUUUUUGACUCCUUCUCAGCCGAUAACAACAGUUACAAGUCCAAGAUUCAAUAUAUUUAACAAACGACAUGGUGUUUACGAUGAAGACCGACAAGACUUAGUAAAUGAGUAUACUGGUAUUCGAGUUUGGAGUGAUUCGUAUUCAAGUAUUGACUGGAUACAUGAUCGUAUCAAAGAAGGUAUACGUCUUCGCAAACUUCGAAAUAGACCUGGUAUUCGUGGUCAAUGGAUGAAGGCCAAAGAUGCCUCACAAGCAUGGAUUUUAGUAAUUCUUAUUGGUACUGUAGUAGCAGGUAUAGCUUGGUUUAUUGAUGUGGUUCAAGAAUGGAUGUCUGAUUUGAAACAAGGUUACUGUUCAACAAAUUGGAGGUACAAUGAACAAUUUUGUUGUUGGGAUGCUCGAUUACAAGGUCAUCAUACCUGUGAUAACUGGAUCACUUGGUCGGACUUUUUUGGCGCUGAAGGUGAAUCAUCCAGCUAUUAUAUUGCUAUGGCAGCUUAUACAGCUUUUGGUUUACUCUUUUCCUGGGUCGCUGCUCUUAUGGUCAAAUAUUCUGCGGAAGAGGUCAUUACCCGCGUGCCUAUCAGUCCACAACCUUUUUUCAAAUCUCCUUCAAGAACAUCCUUCGCACAUGACAACAUUUCUUCAGCCAUACCAUUUAACGUACAUCCUGAAUUUCAAGAAAAUUUACCCGCUUCUCGACAAGAACCACAACAAGAACGAUACAAUGAAAAAACAAUUCAACAAAGAAAGAAGGCUUUCUAUAGUGCUGGUUCCGGUAUACCUGAAGUCAAAGUAAUUCUAGGUGGAUUUGUUAUUAAAGGCUUUCUUGGUAUCAAAACUCUUAUUGUGAAGAGUAUUGGCAAUAUUUUUUCUACAUCUGCUGGUCUGACAUGUGGAAAGGAAGGUCCCUUUGUGCAUUUAGCAUGUUCUGUUGGAAACAUUUUUUGCAGAUUGUUUCCCAAAUUCAAUAAAAAUGAAAGCAAACGCAGAGAAAUUUUAUCUGCUGCUGCUGCUGCUGGUGUGUCUGUCGCAUUUGGAGCCCCUAUUGGUGGAGUAUUAUUUAGUUUAGAAGAGGUCAGUUAUUAUUUCCCUAUCAAGACAAUGAUUCGAAGUUAUUGUUGUGCUAUGGUGGCUGCUACCGUGUUGAAGAUUAGCGAUCCCUUUGGCACUGGAAAAAUAGUUUUGUUUCAAGUGGUUUAUGACAAGGAAUAUCAUUUGUUUGAAUUAUUUCCAUUCUUAUUAUGUGGUGUCUUUGCGGGUAGUUUUGGUGCUUUUGUGACCUUUUACAAUAUCCGUUAUCAACAUUUCCGAAAAUCAUCUUUUAUCAGCAAGUAUCCUGUCAUCGAAGUCUUAUGUAUCAUGCUAAUCACUGCCAUUGCUUGUUACUGGAAUCCUUUCGCGCGAUUAAGUCUUAGUGAAUUUGUUGCCAAUUUAUUUUCAGAAUGUUCAUCUACUGAUGACAAUGCGGGUCUGUGUGCACGAACGACUGCUGAAAUUCCGCGCUUACUGUAUCUUUUAUUAACGGCUUUGGUUAUCAAGAUGGGUUUAACAGUGAUUACAUUUGGUUGUGCUGUACCUGGAGGUGUAUUUUUACCAGCUUUGAUCAUCGGUGCAGCUACAGGUCGUAUCAUUGGAUUGAUUAUGCAAUACCUUACAUUGACUUACCCUCAUUUAUGGCCAUUUACGGUUUGUGCUGACGAUCUUGAAACAACUGGCGAAUGUGUGAUUCCUGGAGUAUAUGCUAUGGUCGGUGCUGCAGCAUCUCUGGCCGGUGUAACUAGAACCACAGUAUCUUUGGUGGUCAUUAUGUUUGAACUUACUUAUUCUCUUACCUACGCAGUUCCUAUUAUGAUCGCUGUUAUGGUUGCAAAAUGGGUUGCUGAUGCUUUAUUUGUGGAAGGAAUAUAUGACCUAUUGAUCGACAUGAAAGGUUUACCUUACUUGGAAUCACGUAAAGAAUAUAUACAUACUAUGACGGUGCUUGAUUUGACGGAAUAUCUCUCGACAAUUGACUUGGAUCAUCCUCUGACAGUUGAAACCUUGAAAACCAAACUACAAAAGAAUGCGGAUUUGGGAUAUGGCGAAGAUGGUGGAUUCCCUAUUAUCAGUCAAGGAAAUGUAUUACAUGGAUAUAUUGCUAGUCAUGAACUGACCCACGCUAUUGAUCAAUUGACUAAAAGUUUUGAAGAAAGUCCAUUCCCUAUUACUGAUCAAGAUCUUGGUGACAUCCCUUGUUACUUCAGGCGUAUUGGACAACAACAACAAGAGAUGACAAAUCAAUGGAUUGCAAGACCUGAUACCCCUAAUGAAUUUUCCUUGUAUGCGUCCCUCCAAGAACAAGAUGACAAACAAGCAACAAGCUCCGGACCAUUAAAUGACUUUUCCCAAUAUGUGGAUCAGGCACCACUUACAAUCAAUCAAAAUGCAUCAAUGGAACUUUUGAUGGAAAUGUUUAUCAAAUUGGGUGCACGAUAUAUAUGUGUUGUUCAUUCAAAUGGGCAUUUCCUUGGCAUUAUUCAUAAGCGACGUCUGUUAGCCUAUUUGAAGGAUAUAGAAGAAAACGAUGGAUAGACGAUUAGGGUUAGAUACACGUAUUAGAUUUUGUAUGUAUGAA